AUUUCUUGGAAUAUUGCGUGCACACCAAAGUAGAAAGCAAAUUUUUGAAAAACGUCCAAAUGGCCCAUUUGCUUUCGAUUUGAUUUUACAUUAUUCACCACGAGGCGGUUUCACAGAGUAUCUCGAUGGGUUGUCUCUAACUUAAACAGAAAAUAUCUGCGAGUCACCACUAUGUCUGAAGCUCAGGCCCCUCAAUACGUGUCAGGAGAAAGUGACAUGGACCGUGGGAGAAAACUAAAUCCUGCGGAUGAAGAUCACACAAGAGAGUUCAGCCCAAGUAAUGGUGGACAAAGAGAAAGUCGUGGGAGAAAAGCAAGAGAUGAACAAGAGGAUCACAUGAGAGAAUUCAGCCCUAAAGGAGAAGUGUCCAAGCAUGGUAAACAAAACAGAUAUGAUAGAAGACACAAUGAAAAUCAACAUGGAGGCCACGUGGAUCAAGGAAGAUACAAUAAUGGGGGUGAAUGGCAGAGUUAUCAAAGAGGAAGAGGUGGAUCUAGAGGGCGAGGACAAAAUUCUAACUGGCAAGAAAACAGAGGAGGACAUCAGAGGGGAUGGGGGCAUGGACAGUAUGGGCCUGGUAAUUAUGGAGGUGGAUAUCACAACAGAGGAGGGUAUCAUGAUGGAGGGAGGUAUCCUGUUGGAGGGGAGCAUCAGUAUGAUCAGCGUAGGCAGUAUGAUCAGCAAAGGCAGUAUAACAGAGGUGGUCAACACAGGCAAGACAGACAAAGAGAUACCGGAGAUUCCUAUAAUGAUGAAGGCAGACAAGAGAGUUAUGGCAGAAAAAGGAGAUUGGAUUAUGGACCAAACAAAGGGUAUCAGAGAUAUAAUUAUGGCAGCUCUGGAGGUCCAUAUGAUACAUCCAGAAGUAAAAGGGGCAGACUUGAUUUUGAAAGGCCAUAUCAAAAGAGGCAAUAUCAGUACUUUAGAAAGGAUGAAGACCCUGUGGUUUUUCUUUCGAAAAAGUUGUCAUUCAUACUUAGACAUGGAGCAGAAAAGAUGGGAUUUAAAUUUAUGCCAGGUGGUUUUUUGUGGGUGGAUGAUAUUCUUCGCAGAAAUGAGUAUCAACGUUUCACGGUAGAGGAUGUGAAAUAUGUUGUGGCAACAAAUGAUAAAAAAAGAUUUACCCUGGAGGAAGAAAAUGGUCAUCUAAAAAUAAGGGCAAACCAAGGACAUUCAGUAGAGGUGGAGGGUCUUGAGUUGACACCCAUAACAAAUGCUAAAGAAGCCCCAGAUGUCAUACAUGGAACUUACUUCAGUUCAUGGGAAAUUAUUAAAGAACAGGGUUUACAUAAAAUGAACAGAAAUCACAUACAUUUUGCUGCUGGAGAACCAGGAGAAAAUGGUGUCAUUAGUGGAAUGAGGAGUAGCUGUGAAGUCAUUAUCAAGAUAAAUAUGGAAAAGGCAUUAGAAAGUGGCUUGAAGUUCUUUAGAUCGGCCAACAAUGUGAUUCUGUGUUCUGGAGAUGAAAACGGCUUCAUCAGGCCAUGUCAUUUUGAAACGGUCUUAAACAGACGCACAAGACAGAGCCUCCUUUUCAAUGAUCAGAUCAAAGAUGGACCUAAAAUUCCUGGGCUUUCUGGAGAAAUGGAAAAGAAAAAGAAGAAGAAGAAGAAAAAUAAACAACAGAGAGGAGAGAAUGAAGACAACGAAAACCAGGGAGAGGACAAAAAAAAGGAAAAGAAGAAUAACCAGGGAGAUAGAGAGUCCAAUAUGGAGGCAGCUACAGCUCUGUUUUCAGAGGAGAAUGAAAUGGAAGAGGAAGACAGUUUACCACAAAAUGCUGAUGCUGUUCCUGAGGAUUGGGACAAAGAUACCACAGAUCAGAGUGAUGGUGCUGUGAAUGAAUCCUCUAGUGAACCACAAGACUUCAAGGUGGUGAAUAACCGAUAUGACUGUAAUAUUGAUAUGGAAGAUUUGAAGUCUAAAGAACCUGUAUUUGUGUACUGCCACAUGGUUGAGGGGAAAAUAGAAUCUGUAUCCUGUGUCACUAAGUCAGGAGCUUUUAACUUUACUGAGCAGCUACUAACUGAUGGAGAAUUCAGAGAUUUUUUGAACACUAAAUGUCCUGAAGUUAAGAUUUUUCACAAUAUAGCAGAUGCUUCAAAGGCAUUAUUUGACCAAUAUAGUAUUAUCUUGGAUGGCACAGAUGUUUAUGAUAAUGAGGUUGCUUUCAAAUUUAUCAAAGAUAAAGGACUUGGCAAUGUAAAUGAUCUUCCACCUGGAUUUGACCACAAGGACUGGGGAAAUUUGGACCCUGGGCCUCAGCUAUUAGAGAAGUGUCUUGUGUCAUUAAAGGCAUAUGAUGCAUUGUCAAGCUGGACUUCAUCUGAAAAAGACUUCAAGAAAGAACUGUUUGAGGAAGUAAAUAAAAAUAUUGAUAAAGGAGAACUAAAGGCAGAGAAAGAUAGAAGGAAGAAAGAGCCUGGGAAGCAGCAAACCCAGCCAUCGACAUCUGGUGAACGGAAGAAAAAGAAGAAGAAGAAGAACUGAAGAGAUUCUGGAGAUUUACUGAAAUGGAUAUCAGUGCUGAAAGUCUUCUGUACGAAAAGAUGUGCAUUGAACUCUUCGAUUUAUUUAUGCAAUUUCUCCGUUUUUUUUCAAUAACCAGGCACUGUAGAAAAGAUGACAUUGUGAGUGGUUGUGUAGCAUCGUUUGAAUUUUUCUUUGAUUUUGGUACAUUUUAGAAUUACAAUCUCAUUUGAUAAGGUAGAAUGUGAAUACAUCAUAACCAUGUUUGUAUGUGUAUUCAAUAGAGUUGCGCAAAAUACAAUGUAUGUGUACUAGUUAAUUCAUUGAAAAUGCACACCAUGAAUUUCAGUCAUUGUUUCAAACAAGUUUUAGAAAGUAUAUAAGCUAUUUUUUUAUUAGUCACAAAUACAAUGAGCUAAUUUUCUACUGGUUUUUUGGUAGAUGUAAAUUUGUUCUAGUUAUUACAGGGUAACAUUUGCACACAGAAAUAUAGAUACCUGCGAAUGAAAAAGUUUCAUUUUCAAGGAAACCCAUUUUGUUGCUAUUAAAUGAAUGUUAUAACAGUUUUGAUGUGUAUGUUGGAGAUAAUUAAGAAACUCUGUUAUUUUGGAGAUAUUAAUUAAGAAGCAGUUAUUGAGUUAUCACAGUGAUAUAUUUGAAUGUGCCCAUGUGAUUCUAUCAUGAUAAAUGCCUGGUUUUCUUUUGGUCACUGUCUUUUUAGGUUUAGUCUUCAGUUUUAUGUAAUGGUUGUGCUUUUCAUCAUGAUAAAUGAACAUCAUAUUAAAUCUUAAAAAAAAAAAACAUUAAAAAUUAUCAUUCAUUCAGUGUUUUCAGUUAAAGCAUUUCAUUUGCGGGAAAAAAUUAUGAAAAAUGUCACAUAAAAAAUAAAAUACA